AUGAAUCCAGAACAACCUCUACCGAAUAUUUCUUUUAAUUUUAGUGGAACUCAACAUAUUCAUAUUCAUAUUCAUCCAAGUGUUUCUUCUAUAACAAAGAAUCCAUCACCACAACAAGCAUUUACAAUUAAUGAAUCAACUCCUCGAGAAGAUCAACGUCAAGAUUCAUCCUCCCCUCUAACGAACAUGCUAUCACAAACGCCAACAAGUGAACAAGCCUCCCUUUCCUGGGAAGGCCAACGUCAAGAUUCAUUCCGCCCUCGAACAAACACGUCAUCACAGACGUCAACGGUUAAUGAGUCAACCCUUCAUUCUCAAGAAGGACGACAUCCAGAUUCAUCCUCACUCCUAACGAACGCGCUAUCGCAAACAUCAACGAUCAAUAAAUCGUCAGCCCAUCUUUCUUGGGGAGAUCAAUGUCCUUUAACUAACAUGCCUUUUUCUCAGAAAGAUCAACGUCCAGAUUCACCCUCUUCUCAAUCAAGCAUGCCAUCACAAAAAUCAAUAGUUAAUGAAUCAACACCUUUUUCCGAGAAAAAUUCACAUAUUACUCAAAACUCUGACAUUAAAC